CGGCUGGGAAAGGGCUGGGCCCGGCCUACGUACGAAGGCAGGAGAGAGCGACGGCCCGAGCUCUCCUGCGGAAUCCGGGUGGUGAGCACUGCCGGACCGAUUCCCGGGAUCCCCCACGUGACUCUGAGCCGCGGAUCACUGGAUGCCCAAGAUUCCCCGGGACCCAGUCCCCGAUUUCAGAUACUAAGGACCUUGCAAGUCUGAAGCCAGAUUUCGCCCAGGACACCAGAUUCCCAAACGGGACCUCCGGCCGGUCUCCGGAUCUCCAGAUCUUCAGAUCCCCCAGGAGAUUCCCGAUCCCGACCUGAUUCCCGAUCCGGAGAUCCCGGGAUCUGUUGUCCUUGGCUUCUGUCCCGCCCCGGGUGCCCAAAGCCGGGCGCCGGACGCCCGAGCGCCCCCGCAUGGCGGGGCCGUGCCCGCGGUCAGGAGCCCUGGAGCGCGCGGGCAGCUGCUGGCAGGACCCGCUGGCCGAGGCGCUGAGCCGGGGCCGGCCGCUCGCGGCGUCCCCUGGCCGGGGCUGCGCGCGAAGUCGGCCGCUCAGCGUGGUCUACGUGCUGACCCGCGAGCCCCAGCCCGGGGUGGAACCCGAGACGGGAGCCGAGGCAGAGCCUCUGCCCCUGCGCUGCCUGCGUGAGGCCUGCGCGCAGCUCCCGGGACCGCGGCCGCGACCUCAGCUUAGCAGCCUGCCUUUCGGGACCCUGGCUCUGGGAGACACCACAGCGCUUGAUUCCUUCUACAACGCAGAUGUGGUGGUGCUGGAGGUGAGCAGCUCCCUGGUGCAGCCCUCCCUGUUCUACCACCUGGGUGUGCGGGAGAGCUUCAGCAUGACCAACAACGUGCUCCUCUGCUCUCAGGCCGACCUCCCUGACCUGCAGGCCCUGCGGGAGGACAUUUUCCAGAAGAACUCGGAUUGCGUUGGCAGCUACACGCUGAUCCCCUAUGUGGUGACAGCCACUGGUCGGGUGCUGUGUGGAGAUGCGGGCCUCCUGAGGGGCCUGGCGGAUGGGCUGGUACAGGCUGGGGUGGGUACCGAGGCGCUGCUCACACCCCUGGUGGGCCGGUUUGCCCACCUGCUGGAGGCCACGCCCACGGACUCCUGUGGCUACUUCCGGGAGACCAUUCGCCGGGACAUCCGGCAGGCGCGGGAGCGGUUCAGCGGGCAGCAGCUGCGGCAGGAGCUGGCUCGCCUGCAGCGGAGACUGGACAGCGUGGAGCUGCUGAGCCCUGACAUCGUCAUGAACCUGCUGCUCUCCUACCGCGACGUGCAGGACUACUCGGCCAUCAUUGAGCUGGUGGAGACACUGCAGGCCUUGCCCACCUGUGACGUGGCCGAGCAGCACAAUGUCUGCUUCCACUACACAUUUGCCCUCAACCGGAGGAACAGGCCUGGGGACCGGGAGAAGGCACUGGCCGUGCUGCUGCCAGUGGUACAGUUGGAAGGCUCAGUGGCACCUGACCUAUACUGCAUGUGUGGCCGUAUCUACAAGGACAUGUUCUUCAGCUCUGGCUUCCAGGAUGCUGGGCACCGGAAGCAGGCCUAUCAUUGGUAUCGCAAGGCUUUUGAUGUAGAGCCCAGCCUUCACUCGGGCAUCAAUGCAGCUGUGCUCCUCAUUGCCUCCGGGCAGCGCUUUGAGGACUCCAAGGAGCUUCGGCUCAUAGGCAUGAAGCUCGGCUGCCUCCUGGCCCGAAAAGGCUGUGUGGAGAAGAUGCAGUAUUACUGGGAUGUAGGCUUCUACCUGGGAGCUCAGAUCCUUGUCAAUGACCUCACCCAGGUGGCACUGGCUGCAGAGCAGCUGUACAAGCUCAAUGCCCCCAUAUGGUACCUGGUGUCUGUGAUGGAAACCUUCCUGCUGUACCAGCACUUCAGACCCACGCUAGAGCCUCCUGGAGAAACCCCACACUGUGCCCACUUCUGGCUCCACUUUCUGCUACAGUCCUGCCAGCCACUCAAGAUGGCCUGUCCCCAAGGGGACCAGUGCUUGGUGCUGGUCCUGGAGAUGAAUAAGGUGCUGCUGCCGGCCAGGCUGGAGGUUCAGGGUACAAACCCCGUGACUGCAGUGACCGUGAGCCUCCUGGAGCCUGAUAAGCAGGUAAAGUGGCGGGACAUUCCCUCCAGCUGGACCUUCCCGGUGGCCUCCAUCAGCGGUGUCAGCGUAUCGAAGCGGGACGAGCGCUGCUGCUUCCUCUACGCGCUUCCUCCGGCUCAGGACGUCCAGCUCUGCUUCCCCAGCGGAGGGCACUGCCAGUGGUUCUGCGGCCUGAUCCAGGCCUUGGUGAAGAAUCCGGACUCCACGGCGCCCGCGGAGGAGGCGGAGGGAGUAGGGGAGGUGUUGGAGUUUGAUUAUGAGUACACGGAGUCGGGCGAGCGGCUGGUGCUGGGCAAAGGCACGUACGGGGUGGUGUAUGCGGGCCGCGAUCGGCACACGCGGGUGCGCAUCGCCAUCAAGGAGAUCCCGGAGCGGGACAGGAGGUUUGGGGCCGGAGGCCGCGCGAGCGGAGCUGAGGGCUCGGAGGGACCAAGUGGGCGGGUCAAAUGGGCGGGACUGCGAGUUGAGAGGGUCCAGUGGGCGGGACUGCAGGCCCGGCUACGCGGAUGCCCUAGUGGUCGCGCCGAGUGCUCAGACUCAUGGAAGGCAGAGUUCGAGCCCAGUGGGCAGACCUGCAGGGACCCGGCGGGCGGGCUAUGGUCUGGAGGGGUGUGUGGGCUGCGUGAUAAGGUGCGGAAGGUCGGGGGGCUGGUGGGCGAGGCAGAUCCUGGGGGCCUGCCUUGCUGGCGCUGGAGUUGGAGAAGCAUCUCAGCCCCAAGCUGGCCCGUCCGUCCCUCGCUAUCUGCCCCCAGGUUUUCUCAGCCGCUGCAUGAAGAGAUCGCUCUGCACAAACGCCUGCGCCACAAGAACAUCGUGCGCUAUCUGGGCUCAGCCAGUCAGGACGGCUACCUCAAGAUCUUCAUGGAGGAAGUGCCUGGAGGCAGCCUGUCCUCCUUGCUGCGGUCAGUGUGGGGACCCCUGCAGGACAACGAGAGCACCAUCAGUUUCUACACCCGCCAGAUCCUGCAGGGACUCAGCUACCUGCACGACAACCACAUUGUGCAUCGAGAUAUCAAGGGGGACAACGUGUUGAUUAACACCUUCAGUGGGCUGCUCAAGAUUUCUGACUUUGGCACCUCCAAGAGACUAGCAGGCAUCACACCCUGCACUGAGACCUUCACAGGGACACUACAGUAUAUGGCCCCAGAAAUCAUUGACCAGGGCCCCCGAGGGUAUGGGAAGGCAGCGGACAUCUGGUCAUUGGGCUGCACUGUAAUUGAGAUGGCCACAGGUCGCCCACCCUUCCACGAGCUAGGAAGCCCGCAGGCUGCCAUGUUUCAGGUGGGCAUGUACAAGGUACACCCGCCAAUGCCCAGUUCUCUGUCAGCCGAGGCUCAAGCCUUCCUCCUCCGAACUUUUGAGCCAGACCCCCGCCUCCGAGCCAGUGCUCAAGCACUGCUGGAGGACCCCUUCCUGCAGCCUGGCAAGAGGAGCCGCAGCCCUGGCUCUCCCCGACAUGCUCUAAGGUCCUCAGACGCCCCUUCUGCCAGCCCCACUCCUUCAGCUGACUUGACCUCCCAGUCCCAGACAUUCCCGCGCCCUCAGGCACCCUCUCAUCACCCUCCCAGUCCCCCCAAGCGCUGCCUCAGUUAUGGGGACACCAGCCAGCUCCGGGUGCCUGAGGAGCCUGGAGCCGAGGAGCCCGCGUCCCCUGAGGAGAGUUCGGGGCUGAGCCUCCUGCACCAAGAGAGCAAGCGCCGGGCCAUGUUGGCCACGGUGCUGGAGCAGGAGCUGCCGGCCCUGGCGGAGAGUCUGAGCCUAGAGCAGGAACAGGGUUCCCAUCUGGAGAGGAAUCACGUGGAACAGCUACUGCGCUGCCUCAGGGCGCACAUCCAUACUCCCAACCGCCGGCAGCUGGCCCAGGAGCUGCGGGAGCUGCAAGGGCAGCUUCGGGCCCAGGCCCUUGGGCCCGAGCUUCUGCAAGGACCGCUCUUUGCCUUUCCCGAUGCGGUGAAGCAGAUCCUUCGCAGGCGCCAGAUCCGCCCACACUGGAUGUUCGUGCUAGACUCGCUGCUCAGCCGUGCUGUGCGGGCAGCCCUGGCUGUGCUGGCCCCAGAGGCGAAGGAAGCAGUCCCACCGAAGCCAGAGGAGUCCAGUAAAGAAGAGGAGUCCCGGCCAAAGCAGCAGGAGACCCCAGUCCAGCAGAGCCCGCUCCCGGGGGAACCCAAGCAGGGCACCCCAUCUUUGAUGGUGCAGCUGGGCCUCUUGCGAGCAGAGACUGAUAGGCUUCGAGAUGUCCUGGCUGAGAAGGAACAGGAGUACCAGGCCCUGGUGCAACUAGCCCUACAGCAGGUCAAUAGGGAGGCCAGGACAUGUGCCCUGGCCUCAAAGCCCCCAGCUGCUCUCACAGUGGACCAGGGCCUGGUGCAGUGGUUACAGGAACUGAAGGUGGAUUCAGGCACCAUCCAGACGCUACUGAACCACAGUUUCACCCUCCAUGCCCUACUGACCUGUGCCACUAGAGAUGACCUCAUCUACACACGCAUCAGGGGAGGGAUGAUAUGUCGCAUCUGGAGAGCAAUCUUGGCACAGAGAGCCAGAUCCACGCCAGCUACCCCUGGCCCCCAGGAGGCUGAAUGAGGACAUCAGAGCCAGGAGGCCAGACCCAAGGAUGGAUGAAUGGAAGAAACACAAGAGGCUUCUGACACACCUGCCCCAGGACCCAGGGGCAACUGUAGGAGGCCAGGUGGGUGGGCGGCAGGGUAGGGCCCAGGCCUAGCCCCAGUGCAGGGAACCAACCACAGAGGUGCCCCAAGCUCACAGGGUACCACCAGGCAAAGACUAUUAAAUAAUACUUUUGUAUCUUUGGGCCUUUGCAAUGUCUGACGUAUGGGGAGGGCUCCUAGGACUAGCUCCCUAAGGUCUUUAUGUCUGAGUCUAAAAUUCCUUCUGGCCCUCUUCACUUUCCUGCUAUCUCUGCCCCCCACCCCAUCCUCCCCACCCCCAAGCCGACAUCAGCCCCUUGUUGCCCU